CUUCCCCCCACCUUCCCUGUUCUUAAUCCAAAGAUCCCUCGCCAAAGGCCGAAAGUCAAGGCCCCCCAAAACCAAUUUUAUAAAAAAAAAGCUCUUCCUUUGUUUCUCUAGCUUCUGUUUGAAACCCAUUUACCAUCUGUCUUAGCUUCGGAUUGAGGAAAUUCCAGCAUGGGAAACGCCUUGAGGUUCCUAUACGGGCAAUGUUGCAAGCCCACCGCAGCUGGGGACACCGAAUUACCCGGACAUCAUGGUGUGUCGGCAGCCACCGUCGGCUUAUCGGCUCUCGCCCAGGAUCUCUUUCACUUUGGCAUCAACUCCCAGGUCCCGGAAGGACUCAGCAAGCAUGUUGUCUCGUCCAAAAAGGCUCAAGCUAAUUGGUACAGAAAAUUAAUAGAGGCAUGGAGAGAAGCAAAACCCCCUCCAAAAACACCUGAAGAAGCUACUAGACUUAUCACUGAGACUCUGAAGAGACACAAAAAAGCAGAUGUUCAGGGUUUAUUGACUUUCUACGGUCUCCCUCUUCCUCAUACCCUAGUUGAACUUACUGCUGGGCCCCCAACAUCAUUGCCUGCAGGCGUAAAGUAUGAAUUUGAGACGUUGCCGGUUGAUGCAAAAGCUGUAGCAGAUGGAGAUACUGUGACGGUGUAUGUCAGUACGACAAACUCCCGAGAAUCAUCUUGCGUUCCUAGUGAUGUACAAAUGGCAGCCGUCCAUAGAUCACAAGCGCGUGCCGAGAAGAAUUAUGCAAAGGCUGAUGCAUUUCAUAAGAAAAUUGUUGAUUCCGGAUAUAGGGUACUCAAUUUUCAGAACAAUGAGGAGAUCCUUGCCCGUAAGUAUAGAAUUCGACUAAGGGGAAUAGAUGCACCAGAGAGUUCAAUGCCAUAUGGGAAAGAAGCAAAGGAAGAGCUGACUAAGAUUGUUCAGGGAAAGUGUUUGAGAGUCUUUGUUUACGGGGAAGAUCGUUAUGGCCGCUGCGUAGGUGAUCUAUAUUGCAAUGGCAAAUUCGUGCAGGAAUUAAUGUUGAAGAAAGGUUUUGCAUGGCACUACGUAGCCUACGACCAACGCUCAGAACUUGCAAAAUGGGAAAAAGAGGCUCGAGCUAAUCGAGUUGGCCUAUGGGCUUCAUCGAAUCCUGAGAAGCCAUGGGAAUGGAGAAAGGACAAACGCGGAGGUAGAUAGCAAGUGAAAACCAGAGCUAGAAAAACGAAGAAAGAAUUUGUAAACAAGCUUCAGUCCGCUUUUUUUAUUUUUAUUUUUUUUUAUGUACCAAUCGCAUUUAGCACCAUGUGUUGGCUAUGGUAACUUAAUAUUCGAAGUCGAAGUCAAAGUCAAAGCCGAAGUGAGAAGUGGCUCUGUUUCAUUGGGCUAUCCAAUGCCCUGUAUCAAAAAUAAUUUGUUUCUUUCUUGAAAAUAUUUUAAAUAUGUAAUUAAAUUUUUAUUUUUAAAUUUACAAUUAAGUAAUAAAAUUAUUGGAAAAGUAUGUAUA